ACAUACACUUGUAAAAUUAUUUCCAAAGAUCUGUUAUAGCAAAGAUUUUCAUUUUGCUAGUGGCAGUGCAAAGAAUCAUUUGCUUAGAACCACACAGAAGAAAGAAGGCAUGUAGACAUAAGGAAAAGGGUUAUCAGUUCUAGUAAGUGAUUUAUUUGAAUUUCCAUGAGCACACGUGGAUGAACUUUCCUUAUCUUUUAUGUGAUGCAUUAUAAUACUCAGUGACAGACUUAACUUUGCCCAGAUUUUUGCCUCCUAAGCAAAACUAACUUAAAAAGCACACAACAACUCCGAAGGUUACGAUUUAUGUGAUGUACAAUUUCUGCGUGCUGCUGACCUCGCCUUUUCUAUUGACUUCCAUUCAGAAAAUUGCUUUCAAAAAUCAAAAUAAAAAUCAGGUAGUCUGAUGUAAUUUUCCCUCAGCCACAGUUCUUUAUCUGUGACAGAGACAGUGUGGGGGGUGUGCUCAAUGAAAACAGUGCUGACUGAAAUCAUAUUAAAGAACUGAUUUUGGAUUACUUGUGCACAUAAACACACACAUAUUCCCCCUGAAGGUCUCUGCCAUUCCCAGCUAUGCAUCCAGAUAGCUGUAUUGCCAGCUGUGCUCUCAAGAGUCGCUGCCUUUUAAUUCUGUGACCUUCUGCAUCACCGAAUAGCCCAGCUGCAAUCACAGAGGGAAAGACUCCCUCCACUCCCUGCUGUUGACUUCUUCAUGGUCUUCUCGUUCACUACCAAAUAGAGAAGGAAGAAUGACUAUUUUUUACCUCUGCUUUCAUAGCUUUGAAGACUUAAAUUGUCUUGUAACUGUUUAUUUUUCAAACUAUGUUAUUUUUAUGCAAUUUAGCCUUAUGUGUUACCACCCCUAGCACCUUCAAAAUACUCUGCUGCUCUUUUUUUUUUUUUUCCCCUGAAUAUUUUAAGGUUUGGCAAUAGGACCAUGCAGAUUUCUUCAGGAAUGUGGUCCAAAAACCUGGAGCUGAUGGAUCAAUGGUUGUUACACCAUUGUUACACUUUUCAGAUCUGCUCAGCCUUUCUUUGUGGUUUUAUUAUUCCAGCAAUUUCCUCUUUAAAUCAGAAUGCACACUCAUUGGUGGGCAUUUAUUACUAUAGUUACUGAUACUACUAUGUUCAUUUUGACUAAAGAAAUGUGAAUAUUAAAAUAAUAGAUUUGGAUGAUAGCUUAUACUGAAUAUCACCUGACUUUUUAAAUUUUCCCAUGAUAAAACUGUAAAAUCAAGCUUGUAAAGGAAAGCCAGAUCAAUGGAAAUGAGAUUGAAAUGGGGCACACAGGGUAUAUUUACUGUAGUGACAGUCAGUGAUGUAUAGCCCUGCAUAUCAACUAGGCAAGUGCAGGUGAAAUGCAAUGUAAGUUUGGUACAGUUUCCAAUCACAUGGAAGGUAAAUGAAGCCAGAAGGAAAGAGAUCUUCCUUUGACACCAUAUGCUCAUUCCUCACAUUGUUUUCAUUUUAGAUAUUUAAAACAAGAUGUUUAAAAUAUUGGGCCAUGUAUAUUCUGCAUAAUAAACCUUUACCAGAAAAUUUCCCACUUGCCAAAGAACGCAUCCAACAUUUAAUAAUUAUGGAUACAUUGCUAUAGCUCAAUUUCCAGUCUGUGUCUUCUUUUUUUUUUUUUAGCUUGGGCAAAUAAAUCUGUUUAUAAUAGGUCUGAGUAAUGAUUAACACAUACAGAGUCCUCGUAAUAAAGCUGUAGUCUGCAGGUUUCUUUUCAGAUUUGUGACUGGUAACUGGAGCUAUUAUAUCUACAGUAAAUGGACUGUUACUGAAGAACAGUGAGUCUUAAAAAGGUGGCUAGAGUCAGAAGAAUGUGGCUCAAAAGUCAGAUCUUGCUCUUAUAUUGCAUUGCAAGUGAAGUUUGGACGGCAAAGCGGCUUGAUGCUAGAAGAAAUUUGACCAAGGAACAUUAUUCUCUUGAAGACAGUGGUUCUGCAAAGUGGAACAGGCUGAAAAGGAGUCUAUAUCAGGGCAAGUCCUGCAGGAUACGAGGCUGCUGCACAGGAAGGAAUGAUGACUGCAGCUUUAACAUUGCUUCCAGAGCAGCUAUAUGUUACUGUGACCAGUUCUGUGCCUCAGGUCCUCCUGGCCCCAUAGACUGCUGCGCUGACUACUGGGAUACUUGUGAGAACACCGUUGAGCCCACCAGGUCUGAUGAGCCUUGGCCACCUUCAGCAUCAGGUUGUUAUAAAGAUGGCCGAUAUUACGGAGAAGGAGCAAUAAUUAAAGACAACUGCAAUUCCUGCAAAUGCAUCCAAAGUAACUGGAAGUGUUCAAAUGAAGUAUGCCUUGUUCGCCCAGACUUGAUUCACCACAUCAAUUCUGGAGAUUACGGAUGGAAAGCUGACAACUAUACUCCGUUCUGGGGCAUGACACUGGAAGAAGGUUUCAGAAAGCGCUUGGGCACACUACCUCCAUCUCAUUCCUUGCUGAAUAUGAAAGCAAUUCCAGGAAGCUCCCUUCUGGAAGAAAAAUUUCCUGAGUUUUUUUCAGCCACUUAUGCAUGGCCUGAUUGGAUUCAUGAUCCUUUGGACCAACGAAACUGUGGAGCAUCCUGGGCAUUUUCAACCGCAAGUGUUGCAGCAGAUAGAAUAACAAUUCAUUCUGAUGGCCAAAUCACAGACAACCUUUCUGUUCAGAACCUGAUCUCUUGUGAUACCAGGAAUCAACAUGGAUGUGGUGGUGGCAAUAUUGAAAAUGCUUGGAGAUAUUUGAAAACGCAUGGGGUCGUAUCCUAUGCCUGCUAUCCAUCAUUUUGGAAGCAUCAUGUGGAUUCACCAAGUGAAAAUCACUGUUAUGUGUCCAGUGAAUAUGGAAAAAAUCAUACAAAUGGGCCCUGUCCCAAUGCUUUAGAAGAUUCCAAUCGGUUAUAUCGCUGCGGCUCUCACUACAGGGUCUCCUCAAAAGAAACUGAUAUAAUGGAAGAAAUCAUGGCCAAAGGACCUGUGCAAGCUAUUAUGAAAGUCUAUGAGGAUUUUUUCCUUUACAAAGAAGGAAUCUAUAGACACUCCUACAAAGAGGGAUCCAAAUGGAAAACUCACUCAGUGAAACUCCUUGGGUGGGGAUCAUUACCUGGCAAAAAUGGACAAAAACAGAAGUUCUGGAUUGCAGCAAAUUCAUGGGGAAAGUAUUGGGGAGAAAAUGGCUAUUUUAGGAUUCUACGUGGACAAAAUGAAUGUGAUAUUGAGAAGCUGAUUUUAACUACUUUGGGAUAGCCACUGCCUUUUACCUGAAGUAUUAUACUGUAUGGUGCUUUGUGUAUCUAUUCUUCCACUGUUGUACAUCGAGUCUUUCUAGACAAAUAAAAAAUUAAUCUCUUAUGUUA